UAAUAGUUUUUAAUAAAUAAAAAAUAAAAAUAUUUGUUAAUUAUUAAACAUCUUCUUGUCGUGUCAGUGUUCUUUAUUACCGAUUUAAGUAACCUUGUAAAUGAUUUGUGUCACUAAUUUGUUUAUUCAAGUACAAACAUUGGAUAAGACAUUGAUCUAUUAAAAAACAUGAAUUGUCUUCAGAAUGUUGAAAUAAUAUAUAUGUAAAUGUCAAUUGUGCCUACAGUUUAUUACAAUUGACAAAAUGAUUUUUAAUCUAAUAUCUAGUCACAAAUUUAAUAAACAAUAUUAUCCUAACAUGCCUUUGAAUCAUAUGACCAACGAGUGGAAACUGUGAAGCAAUCAACUCUUUCAUUGUCAGUGUGUAGUAUGGGCUGUGGUCCUAGUCAUUUUGGUAUCUCAUAUUCCAGAAAGACCAAGAAGAAAAAAAACAAGUUUAAAGAAUCUGAUGAUGAAAAAAGUGAAGGCAGUGUUUAUGAAAAUCAUGCUGAAGAUCAAAUACAGUUGACAAGUACACCAUCUGUAAAUAAUUUAUGUGAUAUGUCUGAAAUGGAUGAUUCAAGUCAACUACAUCAAAGUGUGACAGGUCCACAGUCUUCUAAUUCACUAUUUGUUAAUCCACAACUAUCUUCUAGUCAACUCAAUUUCUUCAGAAUAUUAGAUGAAAAAAUAGAAAUGGGUGCCGAUUACAAACAAACUAUUGAGGAACAACGUUUGGAAAAAAUUCAUCGUACACAUGCACUGUUAAUGGAAUGGGAGCGAGCACGGAUUCGAAAUUCUCCAAGUUCUUGUUCAAAUACAAAAUCCCAUUUUCUGCGUAAUCCACGACAACCACAAUUUCGUAUAUCUCAUUCAGUUGUUCAGUUUGACCAAGAACUAGGUGCUUUUCAUACUGAACUUAUAUAAAGAACAUAUUUAUUAAUAGUUGAAAUGUAAACAGAUAUUUUUUUUGAUAUUAACUUUUGUCUGGUAAAUAUUACUUAA